AUGCCGUUAUUCCCAGAGAAGCAAAUUUCUCUACUUACUGCCUUUGACGCUCAAAACGUUCUCUCCAAAUCCCAGCGGCGCAUCCUCGCUUUACGCACAAAGCCUCUCUUUCGGGUGCCAAACGCCUUAGCUCCGAGAAGCAGCGCUUCGGAGGAUGAGCUGGCUGCAUGUGCGGUACCCGAGGAAUCCAACCCGGCCUUCAUCCGCCUCGCUUCUUCUUCCCCUCCAUCCCCGCCACCCUCCCUCUCCCCGGAUAAAUCGAUGUCUCUGGCUAUGCGCCCCCAACUAGCCGCGCGCGAUGACUUCGCUUCCGCGCGGCGUCGCUCUCCAAGGUAUUUUGCGCUUUAA